UCUCGCGUGAUUUGCACUUAAUGUUAGUGUCAGUCAGCGUGAGCUCGAUCGUUAGCUGCCACUAAAUCUCGAUUCCUUAAAUAGCGCAAUUUACAAAAACAUAGAGUCGUUCUCAUGUGUAAAUUUAACAAGAAAUGACAUCGCAGACCGGCCAUCUUUCUUCCCGUAACGGUAUCGAGCGUCUGGGUUGUUCGCUAACUUGGUCCCAGAGCUGCUGCUAACAGGCUAGGUGGCUAACAGGAUAGCAGCUAAGUGGCUAGGUGGCUAGCAGGCUAGCAGCCGUUGGCAGACUGAGCAGAACCAGGAAGGACGCCGCAGACGAGCGGGCAGCUUCUGGCCUCGACGGUUCCUGCGGUCCUGAAAUCAUUUGCUCUCCGAACCGAACCUCGUCCACUCUGCUGAAUAAAGGAUCAUCUAUACUGGCUUGACUGAUCGCAGACAUGUCAAAGGCUCCAGAUUCUCCAGCUCGGUCCCGAUCCAGGUCCAGAUCCAGGUCCUACUCCAGAUCUCACUCCAAAAGCCGAUCCCGCUCAAGAUCCAGGAAACGACGCUACAGUUCCAGGUCUCGGUCCCGGUCUCGCUCACACUCUCCGUCCUACAGAAACUACCCGUCCCGGGACUAUCAGAACAACAGAGGCGGCUUCAGAGGCUACAACCGGGGCUACCGGAGGCCGUACCACUACCGGGGCCGCAACCGAGGCUACUACCAGCGAGGCCACUACCAGAACCGAGGCGGCGGCUAUGGCUACAAGGCUAACUGGCAAGGUGGAGGAGGAGGAGGAGGCGGAGGCUGGCACGACCGCCACCACGACCAGGACCACCACUCCCACAGCCCCAGGAGGGGGCGCUCUCGCUCCCGCACGCCCAAGAAGCGUUCAGGCAGCCGGAGCCGAUCCCGCUUCUCCGACCGCUCGUCUUCGGGAAGAUCUCGGCACUCCAGACGCUCCAGCUUCUCGUCCCGGUCCAGAUCCCCGUCCCCUCGGCACCGCAGCAGCAAGGCCAAGCCCGGCUCCAGGGACAAGGAGAAGGUAGCAGAGAGUCCGGCAGAGAAACCGGGUCAGGCGGCCGACGGCAGCGCCAUCGAGAAGGCGUCCGGAGGGAAAUGGAUCGACUACGACGCCAGCCCCAAACGGAGCAGCCCCGAGGCCAAGAAGGACGAAGCUGCCGACGCUAAAGUCCCGGCAGGCGGCGGUUCGCUGUGGAAAACCGUCGGCAGCGUGUCGCCUCCUCCAUCCAAGAGUCCAACCAAGUCCGGACAGACGGCCUCCUUCAGCGGCUUCGGGUUCUUCUCUAAGGAGGACGCCAAGUCUGGAGAUAAGACGGUGAUCUCUGCUGCCUUCAAAAAGUUCUUGGCUGAGAAUAAAGGCAAAAAACAAGCGUCUGAAAAGGAGAAUGGUCGUGAAAAGGAGCAGAUCUCUGCAGAAAGAGAAGCAGAGAAAAGCAGCAAGUCUGGAGAUGUGUUCAGCAUCUCCUCGGCCUCCUUCACCGACUCCAAGGACGACAAGACUUUGCCCUUCUUUGACGCCGGAGAAGAGGAGUUCCUGAAGUCCCACGGGCUGAAGGAGCGGGACAUGGAGGAGGAAGGAGAGGCCAAACCCGCCCUCACAGCGCGGGACAUUUUCGGUAAGUGGGGGGACGAGCCCAGUUACCCGACGUCCUACCCGUCUGCUAAAGAGAAGGGCCGGAGGGAGGCCGAGGAGGCGGAGCCCGUCGAUCACCUGGACGAGGAGAUGUACCGAAGCCGCAAACACGGCUCCAAGAAGGAGGAGAAGUCCAAGAAGAAGGAGAAGAAAGAGAAGGAGAAGCCCAGGAGGAGUCCGACUCCUCCGUCCACCUCCAGGGAGAAAGACCGGCCGCUGUUUCCUGGAGCUUUUCCUCCUCGAGAGCAGUCACCUGUACGACACCUGUCUGCUUCCAGGGAGGAGUUUGAGCUCAAAAUCGGUUCUUUAGAAGAAAUGCCCAGCUCCUCUCUGUCUAAAGAUCGCAGCUUGCCCAGAGAUCUGCUGAACCCCUCUAAGAAAGAUCCAGAGUUUCGCUCCAUUUUCCAGAACAUUCAGUCGGCGCAGCUCCGUCGAAGCCCAUCGGAGCUGUUCGCUCAGCACAUAGUCUCAAUCGUUCACUACAUCAAAGCCCAACACUUCCCCUCCUCAGACAUGACUUUAAGUGAGCGGUUUGCCAUGUACCAAAGAAAAGCUGCAGAGGUAGAAAUGAUGAAGGCAAGGAAGAGCCCAGAAAUCCACAGGAGAAUCGAUGUUUCCCCCAGUGCCUUUAAGAGGCACUCUCACCUGUUUGAGGAUGUGGAGGAGACGAGCUACAAGGAUCCAAGUAAAAAGUUCAAAGGCGACGUGAUGGACCUUCGCCUGGAUAUAGAAAGACGUAAGAGGUUUGCUGGGAAGGAACGAGACUACAAGCGAGAAGGAGGAAGGAGCCCUGGAGGCUCCCGAGGACCGAGCAGAGAGAGGUCCUCUGAGAAAUCUGGGAAACACCACAAGAAGUCCAAGAAGGGAAAGAAGAAGCGUGAUCGCUCUCCAUCCUCCUCCUCCUCUUCCUCCUCCACCUCCCCCUAUCCUCCCCCCUUCAGGGGUAAGGAGUACCUGGGGGAGGGCAUGGAGCACUUGGAGGAGGGCUACAGUCACCCUCGCUACCCUCCUCGAGACUACAGCGGCCCCGGAGACAGGGGCCCCCGAGAGUACGAGGGCCACAACGCUGAGCGAGGAAGAGGACGAGGAUUUGUAAGUUCCUGCUUCACCUUCAUCCUCUGUCUGCUCUGUUCCUCCUCCUAAAGCUGAGGAACAUGAUGGUCAUUCUGUCAUACUUAAUCCAGGCUCUCCUGGUUUUAUGAAGGUAAAGUCAGUAGAAACUCACCUCCUCACCAGAUUAACACCUGAUUCAGUUUGACUUGUGUGUGUUCUUCUGAGUCCUGGUCUGAUCUGGUCUGAUCUGGUCUGAUCUGGUCUGAUCUGGUCUGGGUCCAGGUCUGAUCUGGUCUGGGUCCAGGUCUGAUCAGGUCUGGGUCCAGGUCUGAUCUGGUCUGAUCUGGUCUGGGUCCAGGUCUGAUCUGGUCUGGGUCCAGGUCUGAUCAGGUCUGGGUCCAUGUCUGAUCUGGUCUGGGUCCAGGUCUGAUCUGGUCUGGGUCCAGGUCUGAUCUGGUCUGGGUCCAGGUCUGAUCUGGUCUGGGUCCAGGUCUGAUCUGGUCUGGGUCCAGGUCUGAUCUGGUCUGGGUCCAGGUCUGAUCUGGUCUGGGUCCAGGUCUGAUCUGGUCUGGGUCCAGGUCUGAUCUGGUCUGGGUCCAGGUCUCUAGACUUCCUUCCAUCUCGUUGUUGGAGGUGUUUGCUGUGUGGAGGUCUGACUGCAGCUGCUGUUGUGGUUUCAGUUCCCCAGAGUCCGAGGCCGAGGAUGGAGCCGAGGAAACUACCCAGGGAACAGCAGCAAUGGAAACCCUGCUAAUAUGAACCCUGCAGUGCGCCCCCCAGAGGAGGAGUGGGACCCUGAGUACACCCCCAAGAGCAGGAAGUACUACCUGCACGACGACCGUGACGGAGAGAAGACCUGGGUGGAUAAUCGAGGUCGAGGCCGAGGAUCGUUCCCGACUCGCCGCGGACGUUUCGUUUACCGGAAAGGAGGGAGCAGCCCCAAGUGGACCCACGACAUGUUCCAGGGAGGAGAGGAGGGAGAGCUGGGAGACGACGGCAUGGAGGUGGAGCACAAAGAGCUGAAGAACGCCGGAGACGGCAAGCAGUAGAGCUUCAUCCUUCAUCUUCAUUUUAACGGUUCUAAUGUUCAGUUAGGUGUCUGUGUGGGAGGAGUUAGUGAGGCGAGUUCGUUUUCUUUCUAAAUACGAGAAGAGUUUGUGCCUUAGAAGAGAAUAAGAAGAAAAAUUCUGCUCCUGUGUUGUUUCUGUGAUGUGUGGAGGAACCUUUAGUUCACCUGUUGGUCUGGAGAUUUACUGCAUGUUCUCUCUCCACGGGACCAAUCAGCAGCGACACGUUCUCUCUCAGUUCCCUGGACGUUCUCUUUCAGCUCUCCUGUUUGUGGUCAGGAGAUAAAAACGUUCUUAAGUUUGUUUUUUUUCUGUUUUCAGUUAAAAAUCAACCAAACGUGUCAUCGAUUUUCAUGAUUUGGCUCCAAAUCCUCCUAGAAGUUCUUCAGACUCGAAGCUUCUCUGCCUCAUAUCAGCUGAUGUGUUUAGAUUUUUAACUCAAAGAAUCCUCGUACAUGCAUAGACAGAAGAUCUAAAUUAUUGUGAUCCUGCAGUUUUAAUGUUCUGAACAGAGGAACGUUGUGAGAACGUUCUGGUGUAUAUUUCUGGUUCCCUCUGAGCUGCUUCGUCCCACGCUAACUGUACAUACUGCAUGGACUUUUCUGUUUCAUCUGAAGACUUUUUUACUGUUCUCAAGAGCUUUCCAGUAUCUGUCUUUUAAUUUUCAAUAAAUUUUUCUUUGAUUCAGGGCA